AUGUCGACUUUGGCCAGGCUGACACCCAACGAAGACGCCAUGAUUGCUGCCAGGUCAAUUGAGGACGAUGCGCGCUGUCAGCUUUCGGACGUCGUAAGAGGCAUACUUGCAACAGCAGCCAAAAUCCGAUGCGCUACCAAUCAGGAUCCCAUUAUCCGCAAAGCUUUCACCUAUGUCCGGAUCAGUUGGCCAACCACCGCUCCCACUGAUGCUCUUCAUCAACUCAUCCUGCGUCGAGCAUUACUCUCUGCGAUUGAUAUCUGCCUCAUUGUUCAGACUGGGUGA